GUUGGAUUAAUUGCUAUCUGAACAUCUGUGUACACGAAAUCAAAUAAACUGACAAGUUUAACUAUGAAAGAAGUAAGUAAAUUGUUAAGCAGGCAUAGCUUUGUUAGGUAGUAGUUAAAUAUUUUCAGUCUGAUUCACGACAAGAAAUAUAAUGAUGCGAAGUGCUCGGAGUUUUAAAAUGAGUGUAUUUCAAAAUCUAACACCGAUUCUUUUGGUAUUAUUUUUCAUUUUACUUACGGUCAUAAAAAGAACAGGUGACAAGGAAAGUCGAAAUGAAGAGGAACCAUUGCCGACGCUUACAGACCGUCAGAAAGGUAUACAACAGUUUGAAAUACCUAAGGAAGAUAAAGACAAAACAAACGAAGAUGAAAUUGCGAAGAAGCAAGUCACAGUAAAUAAGGUGAAUAAACCACAAGGACCUGCAUUAAUUAGUCUAGAUACGUUACAGGAACAAAAGUUAAACAAUUACAAAAAGGCAAUUGAAUUUGAUGAUCAUUUGCAAGAUACAAAGAAAAGGUUUGCAGAUAUCGUUAGAUUAGCAGAGCCCAUCUUAAAUUCAAACAAAAAUUGGAAAAUCGUCUUACUUACUUUUGUAGAUGAAGAUAAUAAAGUAUUUGCAAACAGUUGGUUGUGCAAUACAAAAUACCUGGAUCUGCAUUCUUCAUUGAUUAUCGUUACACACGGAAAAGAAUCAAAAGAAUUUAUGGACAAAACCUGGCCUGGAAUAAGAAGAUAUACACUAGAACCAAAUGUUCCUGUACAAGACUUAAGAAAAGUACAACUCACUCCUACAAAAUUGCAAAUUAUCAACGCCUUACUUCAUGCAGGAAUUAACGUGCUACUUCUUGAUGUUGAGUCAGUCUGGUUUGCGAAUCCUUUACCAAGUUUCAAGGCUGAUGAGGGUAAUGAUAUGCUUGUUAACUUUGCACCAAAGUCACAUGUAAAUACAGGAUUCCUUGUUUUAUUUGCUACGGAAAGAACAACGUCUUUUUGGGCGACUCUAUAUGGAAAAUUGAGAAGUCUGGCAAACGAUUCGACCGAACGUAUCGGACUAGAAACACGUUUUGAAAGCCUUCUUCACAGCUUGCUGUCAUCUAGGUUUGGAGGAGUUGCAAUUCGUGAGCUGCCUAUAGUUUCAUACACUGAAGGCAUGUGGUACAUGCUCUCACCUGAGGAAAGAAAGAAAACACGGCCAAUAGUCAUACGAAAUAAUUAUAUGACAGGAUUUGCAAAGAGAAUAGAUAGGGCCAUGCAGUGGAAGCAUUGGUUUACACUAAAUAAUGGCACGUGUGAUGAGAACCGCAUUAAACAAAUGAUACAAGUGGUACCUAUUGUUACAGUGUAAGACAGUGUUUAUGGCAAUUCAAAGUGUGGUUACAUAUAGUUAUAAAAUGUGAUAAUGUUUAGACAGCUAAGAGACUGCUAGAAUAAUGGAAAAUGCAUUUUCUCUUAGAGCAAAAUAGUUUAUAAAAACUGAAUGGUGACUUUUUCGAUAAAAUGUAUGAAAAAAUGAAAACUAUUAUCUAAAGGAAAACAUAUAACUUCAUGCGUGAUCUUGGUUCAGUAGAAUCAGCUCUGAAAUUAGUAUUGAUAUAUCGAAAGAUUGAACAUUCCAACUAAUAAUAUGUUAAAGAUAAAGGUUGAUAUACGACAAAAAUUAUAAAUUAUAAUGGAAGAGGGUUUUGAAUAAUAACUGCCACGAUUUCAAAUGACAGCUAACAAAAUCUACAAUAAGAUCCCUUGGAAGAAUAGAAUACAACAAAGCAAAAAGUAGCAAUCUCAGUUUGAUUGAAUCUUUUUAUGAGAGGUAAUGAAAAGUGCAACAAACACCACGCCCACGAGCACCGGCUAUAGAGCAUUUUAAUUGCUGAAAUAUAGAAUGGAUUCCAUGAUUCCAAAGGACCAGAAAAUAAAGCAACACUAAAUCCAAGUGCGAGGAUUUUUUAUGGUCGCCACACGGCACUAGAAGAAUGGUGUUGCGAUAGUUAAUAAAAUCUAUAAGGAGAUCUUUUUAAAAAAGUGGAAUGCAACCAAACAAAAGGAAUAGCAGACUCGGCUAAAAUUUCAGUAACCGCUACAAUUGCACCAGUUCUGUAACUGUUACCUUACGUUAUAUUCCAAACUUUUCACAGAACAGAAAAAAAUAUUCUACCUUGUACGCGAUCAAAUAAUUUUGUUAAAUAUUGAAGCAAUGAAAAAUAUUGUUAAAUAUAGGCAUUCUUACGAUGUUCUAAGAUCUCGAUGGGAAAUACCUCGAAACCACUAACACUUAAGAAAUUAUAAAAAUAGCACAGUUAACCUCGGAGCAUGCGCAGACAUCUAUUUCCAGAGGUGACCAAUGUCAAGGUCGGGUCGUGAGAAACAGAGACAGAAACAAUUAACGAUUACAGGCAAAAUAAUAAACAUUUCAUAGACAAAACCGGUCAAAUUGUAGUCGUCUUUUAAAUUAUUGUUUACAUCUGUAUUUGACAUAUGAAAAUCGACAAAAAUACUGUACUUCCAAUAUCACGUUAGAAAAGUAGGUAUCGGAACACCAUGACAUACAGUAAGCUAUUUGCAUCUUUUAAAAUCGUAAAUAAAAGAUAUGAAUGCUAUGAAAGGUAAUUUUGAGUACAAUCCGAUUUUCAAGCUAAUAAAGGAUAUUAUAUUUAUAUAUCUUUAUUUCCUCCAUUCUCUGGAGAUAUACAUAGCAAAACACAUGUGAUACCAGUCAAAUUACAUAUUAUAGACAGACAAAAAACAACAUGCACUUUUACAAAAUGAGAAUGUACAAUUGUAACUUUAUACAUAUUUACACUCAGUUUUUUCCAAAAAUGAAAAGGAAACCAUGUUAAUUGAAUCUUCAUGUUUUACAUGCGACUGAAAUCUCGACCACCUGAAUUACAUGAGACAGUCAUACAAGUGCAUGAUAUUAUACAGUCCAUACUAUUUGUACACUUGUUUUAGAAGUUCAGCACAUAAAAGCAAGAAUGUUGGGUACAGAUCGACAGUUAACACUUCAGAUAAGUGUCCGUCAAUUUUACCAGCAUAUAUUGUAUGUGUUCAUGGGAUGAAAUUCGACUUAACAUUUGACUGAGAGUAUACUCAAUGAUCUGACAUUGGUAAGGAACGUAUUUAGUAGCAUUUCGCCGUCAGUACAGUGACACUCGAACAAUAAGUGCACUGUUUCAUUUCUGCGCUUCCGGCAGCAUAGGAAACAAUCUUCCGGUUGGUCGGGUGGUCGCUUACAUCAGAGGCAAACAAGAAAUUUCAUCAAGAAGAGACUAGCUGGACGUAACUUAGCAAAAGUCCAAAUGCUUGACAUACUAAGGUUCGGAUGUCAACGUUUGAAGCUGUUAAAGUCUUCGGAAUCAUUCCAUAUAGCUCACCGGGGGUAUUCGGCACUGCGUACCAAAGAACAAUAGCUUUAGAGUAUUGAUAUGGGCUGGUAGCGAGGUAGCACCUAGCAGACCUGUAAACAUAUCCGACCGGGUGAGGAAAGGGAGACCCUGGAUUCUUUUCAAGCAGAAGUGAUGGGCAACUUCCAAUUGCUGAUAGCUGUUAUCGGCUAUGUCGUUGCAUAAUUCACAGCCAAAUAGUGCUCAAGGGAGUACGCACGUUCUGGUUAGUUUCAUGGCAGUACUAGGAUUUGGGCCUGUAGUUCCGAAUAUCAUUCCAGUUAACAGACUUGCUUGUCUGACUAUAUCGACGUUAUUUGUGUGUUUCCCUAUCGUUGAUUGGACGAUACCUAAGUGUUUAUAUACUUCAGUUUUGGGAAUGAUAGUGUUUCCAUAUUUUGCAGACGCUGUAGCGCGACACCGAUGUUUUUUUCCGGUCUAAGAGAGAUGCGGCGCAUUUUCUAGGAUUAUAUAUGUAGCGCCACUUGUUCGCAUAUAUGUGACACAUACCUAAGCGUUCAUUUAAGCCCUUUCGAGAUAAUGACAGCAGUACUAUAUCGUCAGCAUUAGUUUGCGCUGCCAGCAUAUGUUUGUGUAGACCAUGGGAUUAUGACUGUGACGCUUUCAAGAGAGCAUCCACGUACACGGUAUAGAAGAACGGAACACAUAUGGACACUGUCUUGUGCUUUCUUCAAUAUUGAAGGCACGUGGGAGAUGACCGCGUAGUAGCACACGACUCGAGCAUCCCUGAAACGAGUUCCAAAUGAGGCGAAGCAUUUUCCCUCUUAUACCAAUACCGUAAGUUUUUAGAUCAGGCCUUGAAUUCAUACGAGGUCAAAAGUGGACUACCACGCUCACAGCAGUAGUUGCGAGCUUCUUGUAGAUGAAAGAUGCCAUUUUACAACUUUUGUUUUUCGGCAAUGUAUGACCUUUUUGUGUCGAUUCGCCGUAAAACCCAACUCAUUCAUUAUUUUCAACUUUUGCUUUUCUGAAAUCCGUGCUGUAGACCGUAAUUAAGGCUUUUUGUAAGGUCAUUUUCUUCGAGUCUUUUCAUCACCAGUUUUCCAUAUAAUUUAGAGGUUACAGGAAGCAACGAGAUGGCUUGAUAACUAUUAGGAUCCGAGUACGGUUUACACUUGCCUUUAUAUAAGAUCAACGUAAGUCCAGAUUUAAAGUCUGCGGGUAACGAUUCUUUUUGAAUAAUGGUAUUGAACAGUUUCUUCAAGCAUUCAACAAGUUCUUCGCCGCCAUAGUUUAAAUGUUCAUAAGUAACGUUAUCACAAGAUCAACUUUUGUUGUUUGGUAAUGCUUUGAACCUCAUUGGCAGACACAGAACUGGCACCAUUUAAUGUGAUGUAUGAGUCAACUUCAAGAUCUACAAAUAGUUUAUGUUCACUGUCAAAGUUCUCCGAAUUAAUAAAGAUCGUUGACCAGAUAACAUUUCGUCAAGAGUUGUCUCUCUUUUACCGUUGAACACUAAAUCACAGUUUUUUUUAUUGCGCGAUUUCUUAGAGUUCAACAUUUCGCAGAAUGAAUUUUGAUCUACUUCACAUAGUUCAUCGAUUCAAUUUCAGACUGUUCAUACGCGUGUUCCGCUGCUCAUAAUGGUUUUCUAUAAUAACGCUACACUUCCUUGUAUUUUGCGCAUUCAAUCGAAGUUUUCAAUUUGCCAGACCAUAUCCAUAGUAGGUGAGCGUUUUAAUUUUUGGUGCAGUUCCUUUAAUAUAGGUGACCAGUAUGGUUUUAAAAACUGCUUGAAUUCGCGUUUAGAGAGACAACUGUCGGCCACUGUUGACACACAGGAAAUAAUAGCAGAAUAUGCACUAUCGACGUCUUUAUUAGCGAUGUAGGUUGACUUUAGUAGCUCAGACACUUUGGUUUUAUAAGCAUUUAAUUCGUUCGAUUUAUUCCAUUUAUACACAAUAUAUUUAAAUGACGGGGAUAUCACAUUUUCAGUAACAUUCGCAUUAACUUUCAAGUGUAGGAACAACGGGAGAUGACGCGAGAAUUUCAGUGGAGCGUAUGGUGUAAUGUAACAGCUGACCAUAUUUUGCAUAAGGGUCGAAUCCAGUAGAAAAUGGUCAAUGCUUGAUGGAUAGAAUGAAUGAGAUGAGCCACUACAAAAAUCAGUUUCCAUAACAGCAACAAGACUGAGUGUAUUGCAAAGGUUGGAGACGUAAACAUCACGUGCACGUAGGUUGUUGGUAACCUAAAGUCCCUAGCAAAUUUGGCGUUAAAAUCCCCCAUAAUUAGAAGAGUGUUGUCUGUAGAAUACAAUACACACACGUCGAACAACUGGUCUAUAACGGUUUUUAAAAUAUUCCAGACUGUGGUUUGCAGAAGGUAGGUAGACUUGCAAUAUAACAAUCGACAACUUGUGAAGACAUAGUUAUAUAGCUGCAAUUCUAUGCGAUACCACAUAAUAGCUACUCCGCCCUUGCCAAUAUAAAUCCAUUCAAGCUGCUGGGAUUCGCGCAAGUGGCCACAUGUGCAUUAUAAUUCCUAUGAAGAUUAUUCAAAAUACCAGCGUUGUGAUCAAGAAGCCAUUGCUCAAAUAUACCAAAAAUAGAUACUUUUUUGACGGUCAAUUCAUUAAUAAUGUACAUUAGAAACUCCAAAAAUCGGACCCCGUCCUGUCCGGUUUUCAGAGGAUUCCGGUUUUCAGAGGAAUGCAGAUUUUGGAAAAGAAAUGUUGGCGAAAAGAAAAAGCCUAAAAGACACUGAAUAUGAUACAUUCAGAUGAAAUAAAUAAGAAUAUACAUAUAUAAAUCCUCUCAAAAAAUGAUUACAGAAGAAACAGAUUUCAAAGUGGCACACUUGUGGUCGAUAAUGAACAAGCUUCUUGUAUGUAUUGCAGUCAUUAUUCCUGUGACAUUGUAAAAAUAAUACGUAGGUCCAUAUUAAGUGAGUUGGGUUUAGUUACCCUGUUCGUAACUCUGAUAACGCUGUAUG